AUGAAUGGCAAUUUCUUUGCAGAGUUCAUUGGAAAGCAUUUUGAUACUUGUUUUGCAAAGUGUGGACGUAAAAAGGACGAUCGUCGCCUGUUUUUCAUGGAUAAUGACCAAUCACAAAUGAGUAAAGCAGCGCGAAAAGCAAUUGAAAAAAUCGAGGCUGAAUUUCACAAGAUUCCGGCUAGAUCGCCUGACCUGAAGCCAAUUGAAAAUGUCUUUCACUUGGUAAAGAAAUGUCUCAAGAAUGAAGCAAUUGCUAAUAAUAUAACGUAA